AUGUCUAAUUUUGAAAAGGACCAAUAUAUCAAUUACCAACGUAUUGAAGACAAUUUAAAAGUGGUUCGCAAAAGAUUGAACAGACCCUUGACACUUUCAGAAAAAAUUGUCUAUGGUCAUUUAGACGAUCCCGAAACACAAGAGAUUGUACGUGGUCAAUCCUAUCUUCGACUUCGUCCUGAUCGUGUAGCGUGUCAAGACGCCACAGCACAAAUGGCUCUUUUACAAUUCAUGUCGGCUGGUUUACCCACAGUUCAAGCACCCACCACCGUUCAUUGUGAUCAUCUCAUUGAAGCCCAAGUGGGUGGAGAAAAGGAUCUGAAGCGUGCCAUCGAUAUUAACAAGGAAGUCUAUGAUUUCUUGGCCACCGCCACCGCUAAAUUUGGUAUCGGCUUUUGGAGACCCGGCUCUGGUAUUAUUCAUCAAAUCAUUCUGGAGAAUUAUGCUUUCCCCGGUGGCUUAAUGAUCGGUACAGAUUCACAUACACCCAACGCAGGUGGUCUGGGUAUGGUCGCUAUCGGUGUAGGUGGUGCUGAUGCUGUCGAUGUCAUGUCGGGUGUACCAUGGGAACUUAAAUGUCCCAAAGUCAUUGGUAUCAAAUUAACCGGUAAAUUGCAUGGAUGGACCUCUCCCAAGGACGUGAUUUUGAAAGUAGCCGGUAUCUUAACCGUCAAAGGUGGUACGGGUGCCAUUGUCGAAUACUUUGGUGAUGGCGUUGACUCUAUUUCUUGUACGGGUAUGGGCACCAUCUGUAACAUGGGUGCAGAAAUUGGCGCCACCACUUCCUUGUUUCCUUUCAAUCAACGUAUGGCCGAUUAUCUUCGUGCCACAAAACGUGGUGAGAUUGCCUCCUAUGCUGAAUCCUUUUCUGAAAACUUGCGUGCCGAUGAAAGUGCGCAUUAUGAUCAAGUAGUCGAAAUCGAUCUGGAUAAAUUAGAACCUUAUAUCAAUGGUCCUUUCACACCGGAUUUAGCCACUCCCAUUUCCAAGUUCAAGGAAACCCUCAAGAAAAAUGACUGGCCUCAAGAACUCAAGGUGGGCUUGAUUGGUUCUUGUACCAAUUCUUCCUAUGAGGAUAUGACACGUGCUGCAUCGCUUGCUCAACAGGCCAUUGAUCAUGGCGUCAAGGUCAAGUCGCAUUUCACUAUCACCCCAGGUUCUGAACAAAUCCGUGCUACCAUUGAACGCGAUGGUGUGAUGGAUAUCCUGACAAACGCGGGUGGUGUGGUCUUGGCCAACGCAUGUGGUCCCUGUAUCGGACAAUGGGAUCGUAAAGACGUACCCAAGGGAGAAAAGAACUCUAUCAUUACCUCCUACAACCGUAAUUUUACUGGUCGUAACGAUGCCAAUCCUGCUACUCAUGCCUUUGUUGCCUCACCUGAAAUCGUUACCGCCUUAACCAUCUCGGGUGACAUGACCUUUAAUCCAUUGACCGAUUCCUUAAUCGAUCAUUCGGGUAAGCCUUACAAAUUGGACCCACCCAAGGGAUAUGAAUUACCCCCACAUGGUUAUGAUCCUGGCCAAAACACAUACCAACCCCCACCCUCUGACAGAGCUCAUGUCCAAGUCGUGGUCGACCCCAAAUCCAGUCGUCUUCAACUUUUAAAGCCGUUUGAAAAAUGGGAUGGUAAGGAUAUUAAGGAAGUCCCUAUCCUUAUCAAGGUCAAGGGUAAAUGUACCACCGAUCAUAUCUCCAUGGCAGGUCCCUGGCUUAAAUACCGUGGCCAUCUUGACAACAUCUCGAAUAAUUUCCUGAUCGGCGGUAUCAAUAGUGAGAAUGGGAAAGCCAAUUGUGUCAAGAAUGUGUUUACGGGAGAGUAUAAGGCCGUACCUGCUACAGCUCGUGAUUAUAAAAAGGAAGGCAUCAAAUGGGUCGUGGUAGGGGAUGAAAAUUAUGGUGAAGGAUCUUCACGUGAACAUGCCGCACUCGAACCUCGUUUCUUGAACGGUACAGCCAUCAUUGUCAAAUCCUUUGCACGUAUCCAUGAAACCAAUUUGAAAAAACAGGGUAUGCUCCCUUUAAUCUUUGAUAACCCGGAAGAUUAUAACAAGAUCGAUCCCGACGAUAAGGUCUCUAUUUUGGGAUUAACAGACUUUCAACCUGGGAAACCAUUGACAGUACGUCUCACCAAAUCGGAUGGUAGACAUGAAGAUAUCAAGGUGAAUCAUACUUUCAAUGAUUUGCAAAUUGAAUGGUUCAAGAAUGGUUCCUGUCUUAAUUACAUGAAAAAAAUGGCUAGCGAGAAAAAGUAA